CAUAAUCUCCAACAAUUUUUCAGAAUGCUUGGCAUUCCAUUUCUUGAUAAUGCGAUCUGGAAUUGGUUUAAGCCGCAAAGUUUUGAUGAUCCUGUCGAUCGACUCAAUUAUUUUAUUACUUCUACAUUACUAACUUUCUUCGCUAUUAUGGUGUCUGCUAAACAAUAUGUUGGUUCACCUAUUCAAUGUUGGAUGCCUAUGGAAUUCAAAGGCGGAUGGGAACAAUAUGCCGAAGAUUAUUGUUUCAUACAAAAUACGUUCUUUGUACCAUUUCAUGAAGAGAUUCCCGCCGAUGACGAAGAUCGUUCCAAGGCUGAAAUUGGCUAUUACCAAUGGGUUCCCAUCGUACUGGCGCUACAAGCUAUUAUGUUUUACCUACCCAACUGGAUUUGGAAAACGCUUCAUCAGCAGAGUGGAAUCGACUUGAGCACUGCGAUUGAAGACGCUCGAAAAUUGCGACAAAUUGGUGGAGGUGAUCGCAAAAAAGAAGUGGAAAAACUAGCAAUCUACCUCGAGGAAUGCUUAGAAUUUCAAAACGAACGACGGACACCGUAUCGAGUACUAUGCUUUAGAUUUGGUCGAGGACUAGGGUCUUAUGUUUCUAUGCUUUACCUCUUCGUUAAAUUCCUAUACCUUGUCAAUAUCUUCACACAAUUCUAUAUCCUAAACAGUUUUCUGGGGAGCGACUAUACCUUCUGGGGUUUGCAGACAUUCCGUGAUUUAUGGAACGGCCGUGAAUGGCUCGAUUCUGGCGUAUUUCCACGAGUCACAAUGUGCGACUUUAAAAUUCGACGACUUGCCAAUACACAUAAAUACACAGUACAAUGUGUGCUUAUGAUUAAUAUGUUCAACGAAAAAAUCUAUUUGUUUGUCUGGUUCUGGUUCUUGUUUGUUGCCAUCUCAACAGCUAUCAAUUUUGCCUAUUGUUUCUUACAAUUGGUGCUGACAUCGUUCCGUGAAAAAUCGACCAGAACAUGGUUGUCUUGUCCACGAUACGGUGAAGACAGCACGGACAGUUACCGUCAUCAACAUAUCAUGCGCCGUUUCACGCAUGCUGCGUUGCGUCCGGACGGUGUUCUUUUGCUUCGUUUCAUUGAGGGACAUGCUGGUGCAAUUGUAGCUCGAGAGUUGACAACGAAACUAUUCACUGACUACCUCGAACAGAUGUCGUACAAUAACCCAGGACACAGUCAUUCAACCAAAUCAACGAGUCCAGGAGGCCUUGACGACGGUCCACACGAGAAUCUCUACAACUCCGAAAAACUAGGUGCAGGUCUAAUGGCGCCCGACUACCCUGGAAAACCGACGAUUUGAAUGAUUUUCAUUCGCAACCUCUCGCUUUCAACCUCUUUUCAUAAAGCGAAUUCUCGUCACUCUAUCACUUUCACUAACCAAAGGUACUAACUUUACUCUGAGCGCCUUACCAAAAUUGCUCUGAUGCUAUCAGCGAGCAACGCUUUCGAAUAAUGUGUCUCCUCGUUCUCACUUUCUAUGUUGUGUUAAACUUAGAUAGCGAACUUUGGUGGUCCAAUGAUAACAAUUUUGCCUCAGGCUGAUCCUUCUCAUUUCCGCCAUAUUCAUGACUUAUGUUGUUGUUGUUCACGCAUCCACCGGGUCGCUAGCAGUAGGACACAUUGGUCUAGGAUUUUUCUUUUGUUUCUGGAUUGAUUCCAACGAUUUUCAUCGAAGUGAUGCUCGAUUUUCACUGUAUAAUACGUCUUAUUCGAACUCAGUAUGGAUCGUCAUACCGUAAUUGUGCAUUACUUACUGCACAUCUUGUCAUUAUUCGCUGUCAUAUAAUUUUGUUAAUAAAACAUUCGCAGGU